AUGGACUCGGGAAAUCCUGACUCCAUCAGGAUCUGUGAUUUGGAUUCGCCAAGCAGCUUGGGGAGGCAACGGCCUGCUCCUCACCCCUUGUUACAAACCGCCAACUUCGUGGCACCAGAGGUGAGAGAGCGAGGAGGGAAUAUCAGACUUGAUAGCAGUACUAAUGCGGCAAGGUUUGAUGCAGCCUGUGACAUAUGGAGUCUCGGAGUUCUACUGAACCAUGCUGGCAGGUACACGCCGUUUGCUAACGGGCCAAACGAUACACCAGAGGAGAUUCUCCUGCGGAUAGGAUCUGGAAAGUCUCUGACAGGAGGCAACUGGGAUACCGUAUCAGACACCUCAAAGGACCUGCUGUCUCAUAUGCUCCACGUGGACCCUCACCAGCGAUACACAGCAGAGCAGUUUUUAAAGCAUUCCUGGAUCACCUGCAGAGACACGCUACCACACUUCCAGCUAACGCGCCACGAUGCACCACACCUCGUCAAGGGAGCCAUGGCUGCCACCUAUUCAGCACUGAGCCAGAAGACGAGUCAGCCGGUGUUGGAGCCCGUGGCAGCGUCCAGUCUAGCCCAGAGACGCAGCAUGAAGAAACUCACCUCAACAGACAUGUAGACACACACAUCGCUCGCCCUCCAGUUUUGACCUCACUCUCAGUCGGACUUGCAAAAGAUGCACGCAAACACACACAUAGACACACACACACAGACCGAAGUCCUGGCCAGUCAGACCUACUGUCUCCCUUUUUAAUCUAUUUAUUUGACACACCCAACAUAUGCACGCAUACACGUCAGAUGCACACUCACACUGGAUGAGGUUGCAUUGUGAAGAAGUCAGCUGAAGAGGAAAGGGGGAAAACUCACAUAUCUGUUACUGCUGGGGAGACAGACUUGUAUUUAUUUCCACAGCUUUCAUAUGCACUCGCCCUCCUCGCCUUUCAUUCUUUCUUCCUCGUGUGGGGAAGAAACGCACCAGCUGAUGUUCUCCUUCACUGUGAUUGGCUGAUUCAAAGCUGCUUCGGUAAACUGUGCCCUCACCCCCCCACCCCACUGCUCUUCAUCUGCACUCUGCCAUCCUCCUCCUCCUCGGUUCUCUCUCUCUCUCCUUUCCUCGUUUGCUUUAGCUCUCUUUAACUUCUUUUCUUCAAAGUGAAGUAAUGGUUUAUGUGAGAGUGUUGGCAGGAUGAUAUUCGACUGAGCGACAUUGUAAGACUGUUUCCUCUCUUUAAAAUAAAAAAAAAGAUACGACUCUGCUUGUCGGCGGAUUGAAAUGUCCCUCAGGAUAAAAAAAAUCAUCUGCCAGCACUUUUGUUAACAUAAAAGCAUGUGUGGACAGAAACUGUAUUUCUUUUCCCUUAAAAUUCACAGUCUGACUCACGUUACUUUGUGAUGCUAACGAUGUAUCAAAAGAGGUAAAAAAUAAGCUGCAGACGGACAAAAGAUAAUGUCUAGAGUUGGAAGGUGAAACAAUGUGGAGUAACUAUAACAAAAAAUUCUAGUUUGCAAAAAAAAAUAUAUGAAUAUAUAAAUAUAUAUAAUGAAGAUGAUGAAGAGCAUGUGGGGGGAGCUGUAGGGAUUUCUCUGGGGGGGACGGGACGCACCCCGUCAAACCAGAGAGGCUGAAUUUAAAAAAAGAAAAAAAAAAUUUCCAUGGAUAUCUCUACAAAAAGACAUUGUGGAAAUUGUAUGAUAUUGUAUUUAUUUCAUUUGAUUUUUAAGAUUAUAUUUUUCUUUCAAGUUCUGUAUAUAUUGACAUUAAAGAUCAUUAUUGACAUGCA